AUGAUGACAAACUCUACAUAUGUUUCAUAUUUCACACUAAGUCCCUACUUUGACACCGGGGUUUUUAAAUACUUGUAUUUCCUGAUUACUCUGACUUUAUAUGUGUUAAUUAUUUGCUCCAAUGUGUUGCUGCUUGUGGUUAUCUGUGUGAACAGAAGCUUACAUGAACCUAUGUACCUUUUUCUGUGCAGCCUGUUUGUAAAUGAACUGCUUGGUAGUACAGGGUUGUUUCCAUUCCUUCUGGUUCAGAUCCUCUCUGACGUUCACACUGUUUCUACUUCUUUUUGUUUCCUGCAGAUUUUCUGUUUGUAUUCAUAUGCGAAUGUACAGCUUUAUAACUUAGCCGUCAUGUCUUAUGACAGAUAUCUUGCGAUCUGUUGUCCUCUGCAAUAUAACUCACGUAUGACGUCUAACAAGGUUACUGUGCUUAUUGUUCUGACAUGGUUAUUCCCUCUUCUUAAUGUUGUUGUCAUGAUGUCUCUGAGCAUCUCUUUACAGCUGUGUGGGAACAUCAUUAACAAAGUGUACUGUGAUAACUUCUCUGUUGUUAAACUGGCCUGUUUUGAGACUACAGCCAAUAAUGUUUAUGGACUCACUUAUGUGUUCACUGUAUUUUUUAGUCUUGCAAUACUUAUUUUUUACUAUUACAUGAGGAUCCUUAAAGUGUGUUUCUCUGGUUGUAAGCAGACGAGACAGAAAGCUGUCAGUACCUGCACACCUCACCUCGCUUCUCUGCUCAACUUCUCUUUUGGUUGUUUCUUUGAAGUAUCACAGAGCAGGUUUAAUAUGAACAGUGUCCCCAAUAUGUUGCGUAUUGUUUUAUCUUUAUACUAUCUCACUUGCCAACCGCUCUUCAACCCUUUAAUAUACGGAUUGAAUUUGACAAAAAUCCGUAUCAUAUGUAAAAGUCUUGUCUUUGGUAAAGUGUAA